AAGGUCAUUAUUUUGCUGUGAUUUUAUUUUGAACUACAAUUCCCUGCACCAACAAGACAACUGCAUCGGAUCAACAUUUCCAAAAAACACAUCUUGAACUCAGGAGCGCAUAUCACUGUUAGCCUGAAGCCAGUGUGGUGGAAAAUAAUGAACUGUUAUCAGGAGUUGUUAAAAAAAAAAUCAGGUUUGUGAAGCAUUGAUUUGGAUUAAUGUAUUUGGUUAAUGUGUGGAAACUUUUAUAAAUUGGUUUAAAGGAAAAACCUUUGGACAUCAUCUGUCGUGAUGAAGAACAAAUCAAGCAUCGGCAAUGUGAUUUGAACCAAUGUGUGUCGUUUUUUCGGCACACGCCUCAAAGCUUCAGAUUAAAGGAAAUUAAAAUAUUUUCCUGAAAUUCAUCACCAACAACCAGGAUAUUUAACUAAGAGCAAAGUUAAACUACUGAAAGAGGUAAAGCAGAAGCCUUCCUGAAGUAUCUCCAGAACACGCAGAAAUUGUUUGCUACAUUUAAAAGACAAAUGAAGCCAAGUCUCGACAUGGAGAAACAUCAGCACUCUGUCAAGAGUUUUACCAAACAGAGUGAUCUCAAAAAACACCAGCGCAUUCACACAGGAGAGAAACUGUAUCACUGCUCCGAUUGUGGGAAGAGUUUUGCUGAACAGAGUGCUCUCAAAAAACACCAGCGCAUUCACACAGGAGAGAAACCAUAUCACUGUCCAGACUGUAGGAAGAGUUUUAUUACACAGAGUAAACUUAAAAUACAUCAGCGCAUUCACACAGGAGAGAAACUGCAUCACUGCUCAGACUGUGGGAAGAGUUUUAAUCAACAGAGUGAUCUCAAAAAACACCAGCGCAUUCACACAGGAGAGAAACCUUAUUACUGCUCAGACUGUGGGAAGAGCUUUAAUCGACUGGAGACUGUCAAACGGCAUCAGCGCAUUCACACAGGAGAGAAACCGCAUCACUGCUCAGACUGUGGAAAGAGUUUUAAUCAACAGAGUGAUCUCAAAAAACACCAGCGCAUUCACACAGGAGAGAAACUGCAUCACUGCUCAGACUGUGGGAAGAGUUUUAAUCAACAGAGUGAUCUCAAAAAACACCAGCGCAUUCACACAGGAGAGAAACCUUAUUACUGCUCAGACUGUGGGAAGAGCUUUAAUCAACUGGAGACUGUCAAACGGCAUCAGCGCAUUCACACAGGAGAGAAACCGCAUCACUGCUCGGACUGUGGGAAGAGUUUUACUGAACAGAGUACUCUCAAAAAUCACCAGCGCAUUCACACAGGAGAGAAACCGUAUCACUGCUCAGACUGUGGGAAGAGUUUUACUACACAGAGUGAUCUCAAAAAACACCAGCGCAUUCACACAGGAGAGAAACCAUAUCACUGCUCAGACUGUGGGAAGAGUUUUACUAAACAGAGUAAUCUCAAAAGUCACCAGCGCAUUCACACUGGAGUAAAACCAUAUCACUGCUCAGACUGUGGGAGGAGUUUUAAUCAACAGAGUAAUCUCCAACGACACCAGCGCAUUCACACAGGAGAGAAACCAUAUUACUGUUUCGACUGUGGGAAGAGUUUUACUGAACAGAGUGCUCUCAAAAAACACCAGCGCAUUCACACAGGAGAGAAAAAUGUCCCAAAUUUGUCCCAUGGCAAUUAAAAGCGCAAAUCAUAAAUUCCACCAGAAACAAAUAUGAACUGUAUUUAACAAUGGAUUUUACAGGUUCAGCAAAACUAUUCUUAUCCAGGGAUGAUGUGUAUAGAAUUCCAUGUUAUGUUUGUAUGUCUUGUAAGUUUGAAUAUUCCAGGACAUUCUUUGUGAGACAGAGCUCAGUUUUUAGGUUAGUUACUGUUGCGCAGUAAGGUUACAGGCUCAUUCACUCCCUCUGCUGGUGUUCUUGUUUGUCUAUGGUUCAGUCCAAUUAAAAAUCUGUUACUAUAGAGGGAUAUAGAGGGAUAUUUGGUUGUGUUGUAUUACUCAAGUUUUAUACUCUCUUAUCUUUUCCUUAUUGAAUAUUAAAUGUUGCUUAUGGUUUUUUUAAUCUCCAAAGUUACUAAGAAUAUCCAAAUAAUGUAGUUUCUUAAUUGUUUUUAUCCAGUACAAACUAUUAUCUUUGUAUUACUUCACCUCUAUAUUUACCCAUGUGUGUUUUAAUAAACAGCUUUUAUAUUGCA